AUGAAAUAUUUGAUAUUAUUGGUAAUAGCUAUGUCAGUGAUUGGUGAGAUCACAAAUGAAGGGAAAGUAAUUGAAUUAACAUCUGAUAAUUUUAAUUCAAUUGUAUUAGAUUCAAAAUAAGAUGUUUUAGUAAAAUUCUUUGCACCAUGGUGUGGUCAUUGUAAAAAUAUGGCUGAAGCAUAUAAAACAUUAGCAGCAAAUUUGGCUAAUAAUUAAAAUGUAUUGAUAGCUGAGAUGGAUUGGACUUAACAUAAGACAGAUUCAGUGGAAAUAAAGGGAUUUCCAACUUUAGUAUUUUUUAAAAAAGGCGGAGAAAAACCAGAAUAAAUAAAAUAUUAAAGAGCUAGAACAGCAGAAUCAAUGGCAGAAUUUAUUAGAGAGAAUACAAGUUUUUCUAGAGAAGAUCUAUGA